AUGGAUAUGAUUGUGGACGCCUCCAUAUUUUUGGGAAAAUUUCUAUAUUACUUUUUAGAAUCUUUUGCUUACAAGAUAAUUCCCAAGAGAAAAAAGAAUGUCACUGGAGAGAUAGUACUUAUAACAGGAGCUGGAAGUGGACUUGGGAGGCUCUUGGCCAUACAUUUUGCCAGCCUUGGAGCCAUUUUAGUUCUAUGGGACAUUAAUCAAGAAGGCAAUAUGGAAACGUGUAGACUGGCCAAGGAAAAGGGUGCCGUGAAAGUAUUUGCCUACACAUGUGACUGUAGCAACAGGCAAGAAGUCUACAGAGUUGCUGAUCAGGUCAGAAAAGAAGUCGGCGAUGUGACCAUCCUCAUCAACAACGCUGGCGUCGUAACGGGAAAGCUCCUCCUCGACACUCCAGAUCACAUGGUGGAGAGAUCAUUCCUUGUGAAUGCCAUCUCUCAUUUCUGGACUUACAAGGCCUUCCUUCCUGCCAUGAUUAAAGCUAACCAUGGUCACUUGGUCUGCAUUUCAAGUAUAGCAGGACUAGCUGGUAUUAGUAGACUGUCAGGUGAGUACUUUGUUUCAACAUAUUAUUCUGCAAGUAAAUUUGCAGCCUUUGGCUUUGCUGAAUCUCUCUUUAUUGAAUUAAGUAUGUUAAAGAAAAGUGAAGUGAAAACCACCAUCGUUUGCCCAUAUUUCAUCAAAACUGGAAUGUUUGAGGGCUGUACAACCAAGCAUCCAUUUCUGUUACCAUUACUGGAGCAGGAAUAUGUGGCCAAAACAAUUGUAAAUGCUAUUUUAGAGGAACAAGUUUAUGUAAUAAUACCCAAAUUGUUAUAUUUUGCAUUGAUUCUUAAACAAAUAAUAUCUCCAAAAAUGAUGAUUGCCCUUGGUGAGUACCUUGGAGUGGACACUUGCAUGGACUUUUUCAAAGGGAGAGAGCAAGCAAAUGAACUUCAGACUGAAAUCCAAAGAAAACACCAAUAA